AUGGCUAUGAAAUUAUCUCCGUAUUAUAAGCAAUUUGAAGAAGAUGCGUUAGCGUGGGAAGAUAAGUUAAAUCGAAUCAAUGCUUUAUUUGAUGUGUGGAUUGAUGUUCAGAGACGAUGGGUUUAUCUGGAGGGUAUAUUUACUGGCAGUGCUGAUAUUAAACAUUUAUUACCUAUCGAGACCUCCCGAUUCCAGGGAGUUAGUACAGAAUUCCUAGGACUAAUGAAACGUGUAGCCAAAUCUCCUCUAGUAAUAGAUGUAUUAAAUAUACCAAACAGUCAACGUCAACUAGAACGUCUUGCUGAUCUACUCGGUAAAAUACAGAAAGCUCUUGGUGAAUAUCUGGAGAGAGAAAGAUCUUCUUUCCCAAGGCAAGUAAUUUUUGAAUGGCCAGCUCUUUAUUUUGUUAAUGUGGUUUGA